CCCCCAGGUUCCUCCUGCUGGACUUUGCGGUGUCUUGUCUUGUGUUGUCUCGUGUCUCUGCACAUCAGACCCGUGCCGUGCCGUGCCGAGCCAGCUGAGCAGAUGAUCCCUUCAACUCGCGCUGACUGACGGUUUAACAGUUCUUCUGAGGUUGGACGUCUCCGUGGCCUGGUCCACAACACCCGCCACCAUGGACGCCCUCCCAGAGUACUCCAUGUUCCUGGGUCGGAUUCUGGACGAGCUGGACACCAAGCAUAACACCAUGUCGUACCAGGACCUCUGUAAGUCGCUGUGUGCUCGCUUCGACCUGGUCCACCUUGCCAAACUCCGCAGUUUGUUGUUCUACACUGCCUGCCUCGACCCCGCCUUCCCCGCCACCCUUUUCAAAGACAAGAUGCGCUCUUCCACGGAAGACCCCCAGUCCAAGAAGCUGAUGGUGGCGGCGGACAUCGUCACCAUGUUCAACCUGAUCCAGAUGAACGGCGGCAUCGCCAAAGACAAGCUGCCCGCAGUACAUCGAGCCCGAUUCCACAAGAACCAGUCGCUAGAUCUGUGCAGGUCUGACAAGGACACGUACAAGUUCCAGGACUGUGAGCGGGAGGUCGGAUACGAGCACAUGGACGGACACCAUCACCACCACCACCAUCACCACCACAGGACCUCGCAGCAUCCGGCCCCCAACGCCUCCCCCUGCUCCAAGGCAGCUGACUGCAACAACCGUCCGCCGUUCAUCUCCACCACCGACCCAAACUUUUUACUUGGUGUCAGCAAAGACCUCAAAUGUAGAGCGGCGUCCCUUGAUAAGCUCCAUCAUCUGCCUCAGUACUCAAGUGGAAGCCCCCCCUCCCCACCCUGCGAGAUGCAGAGGACCUACUUCCCCAUGGACAUGGACAGUGAGUCGACCACGGACCAGGACUCCCUGCAGCACCUCGGACAUCACGAACCUUUCACUGUCCACUCCUGCAUCCAGAAGAGGAACAUCUUUAAAGAGGACUUUCAUAACUUCGUGGCCUUUAACCCACAGGUCAUCACUGAGCGCAAACCGGGCCUUAAGGCGACUGAGGGCUACCAUCGGAGGGAGCUGCACAAACCUGCCAUGUUCUUCAACCACAGCUUUGAACUCCCCUACAACAACCCCUACUUUGAGCCCACCCUCAACUCCCCCCUCCAGGACCGACAGCGGGUGAAGCACGAGAGCCUUGACGACUUGCAGGCAUCCACGUACUUUGGCCCGACCACCGUGUCUGAGUGUGUCAGCGGCCGAAAACUUGGGAAUAAAAUGGGGAAGCAGCCAUCGUGGCCGGUGAAGAGCCUGAGUCUGAACACAGAUGAAGGACCGCCGGACUUCGACAGGCCGUUUCUGAACAACAAACCUUACAAUGAGCAGCAUUUUCAGACUCUGAAGGAAAAGGUCGUAGCAUCUCCAUCUGGAUUCGCAAAGAAAACUAAUGGAAUAAAAACAAAGGAUACUGCACUGAUGGCGAGUGGGACCGCAAUUCUGGACAAACGAGAGGCAGCCAAAAGGUUCAAGAACAUGAACAGUCCAUCGUUCCAGGGCGGCGACAUCUCACCCAGUGUUGGAACUCAAACUGAACAAGCCAACCAGAAGAAGAGGAAGGAAUACCCUGCGAACUAUCCCGACCGUGAGAGACACACCUUCAAACACUCGGAUGAGGACGAGGAGAUCAUUAGCGACGACAUUAGUGACAUAUUUCGCUUUCUGGACGACAUGAGUGUCUGCGAUUCUCUAGGCAUUGUCCAGUCUUCUUGCUACAACAGUAAUGGUUCUCUCUCUCAGGUUGGAACAUUGAAGUCCGAAGGCGACAGCUCACCUGAACGCAACACGGUCAAACUGGCCAAGUCCAAACUGGACCGCCUCUUCCACUCACUGGAGAACACAGACGAUGAGCUCAAAUCCAGCGUCUGCAAACUGGUGAUGAGGAUCGGUGAGAUCGAGAAAAAGCUGGAGUCAUUGUCAGGCGUUCGCAGCGAGAUCUCCCAGGUUCUGUCCAAACUCAACAAAUUGGAUGAGAAGAUCCAGGACCCGGAGGCCAAUGGGCGACACGGAGAGGCGGGCUCAGUGUCCGGCUCCACCCCCGACAAACCGCAACCUUCCACCCCUCGUCCACAUCCAGAAGCUGCCAUCUCCACUCGUGUGUUCCCGUGUCACACCACUGGCCACAACGGUAAAUCGGAUGGUGGCGUGGCGGCGGCAGCGGCUGUGGUUACGGCAGACUGGUGCUGCUCAGAUGGCAGCAACGGCGACAGUCUCCGGGUGAAGGCCCUGAAGAAGAGCAUGUUCACCAGGAGGUCAUCACGCUCGCUCAAUGAGGAGAACAGCGCCACCGAGUCCAAGGUUGCCAGCAUUACCAACUCCCCUCGAGACUGGAGGACAGUGUCGUACUCCUGCCAUUCUGCAGACGACAACAAAGACAAGGACAGAGAUGUAAAGGACCGACACCGCAAAGCCAAAGAGGUCGAGCGGGAGCGUCAGUACGAGCUCCCCCACACCCACCGGCCGCCGCCCAAGGAGUCGUACCUGGUGGAACAGGUGUUCUCUCCGCACCCCUUCCCCCCCUCAGUGAAGACCCACGUCAAAGGCAGCCCCCUGUACACCGACCUGAGGCUCAGCGGUCUGUCGGACGGGAAGCGAGGCCACCACCCGUCCUGGACCAUCGAUGAGUACAAACGCAACUCAGGAGAGAAGGGGAAGCAGCUCACGGCGCUGGACCUGCAGACCCAGGAGUCCCUUAACCCCAACAACCUGGAGUUCUGGAUGGAGGACAUCUACACCCCGGGCUACGAUUCGCUGCUGAAGAGGAAAGAGGCGGAGUUCCGGAGGGCGAAGGCCUGUAAGAUCGGCGCUCUGAUCGCCGCCGCCGCCUGCACCGUGAUCCUGGUCAUCGUGGUCCCGAUCUGCACCAUGAAGACGUGAGGACCUGAGGACCACGUGGCCCGCUCAGUCCACCGAUAGGGGCUGGAACAUAAAUCUGACUGAACGGUGAUGACUCUGGUCCCUGAACAGAGGAAAUACAGGCCAACACACUGUGAUGUAC